UCUUAUUUUCUCAACAUGUGAGUGGUUCCUCUUCCGGUCACGUGAUUGGCUAGUAGAAGGGGGGUGGGCUCCAGCUUGGCCAAAACACGGGUGUCACAGGAGCAGGCCACGGCCGCCAGGAUGACGAGUGUGCUGUGCAGGCGAGCCGGCCGGUGGAUCAGAGCGACUCAGAGCGUGAGGUCACUGAGGUUUUUCUCCACCGCCGGAUCUUCGGGAUCAGACGAGCCAUACGUAGCGGUUUCAUCUCACACUGCAGUAGGCCCCAGAACAGUGUGGCCUGAUGAGACCAUGGGUCCUUUCGGCCCUCAGGAUAAACGCUUCCAGUUGCCGGGUAACGUGGGUUUUGACUGUCACCUCGGCGGGACGGACGAGGAGGAGCAGGCAGCACCGACCCAGCGCACGGUUCCUGACGUCCUCACGGCACCAUCCAACAGCGAGAGACACGAGUUCGUACUGGCACAGUUCAUCACUGAGUACCAGACUAAAGAGGCGUUGGUAUGGACUCAGAGAAUCAGCAAAGCGGAGGAAUAUUUUACUCUCUGUGAUGUGGAGUGUUCUAUGCAUUCCUGUUCUGAGCUGCUGAAACAAGAGUUAGAAUCAUUUUUUCCAGCUCUUCCUGUCAGUGCCAUCACCGUGGUGACGAUAAAGCAGAAAAAAAACACGACAGAGGCCGAACUGAGCACGCGACAGCUGCUAGAUAACUUUAUUAACGGUGCUAAAGAGAUCUGUUUCCUGUUGUGGAGAGGAGGAUACUGGGCCGACUUCAUCCACCCCUCGUCUGGGAGAGCUUAUUUCAGCGCUGCGUCACAUGACCCGGUUUCCCAGGCGGAUCAGCAGCGUCACUCUGGGUUCCACAUAGAGGACGUGGCGUCCUGCAGAGUCACGGUUCACGUCCUGAGCGACACACACGCCCUUGCGGGGACGCUGAUCACCAGCGCGCCAUCCGGCAGCCUCAUCAUGCAGCGGCUCAGAGGACACGCACCCGACUGAGACGUCCCACACGCACACCUUCUCAAUGUGACGGACGCUGACGCAGAUCUGCUGCUGUCUUAUUACUCGAGUUUGAAGAGAGGUUUAAUUCAAAGCGUUAUUUAUUUACCUCCUGAUAGUUAUGUGACACCUGGCUGUUCUGUUUAAAGGGUUAUUAUACAUACUAAAAGGCUUAUACCCGAAUUUAAGGAGGGUAUAAGGGGGGAAAGUAGAUUAUUACAGAGCACGUGUUUGGGUGAGGAGAGAAACACCAUGAACAUCGUUAUAACUGGAAUGCAGUUAAACUGUGUUGCAGUGUAUUCCACGCUGACUGAGAACAAACUUCUUCACCACAGGAUUGUUCUAGAAUGGAGUUUAAUUCACAGUGAGGUGAGAAACUACAUCACACAGGUGCUAAACUGUUCAUGUUGUUACCCAAGACAAAUUUCUUAAAUAAAAUACAUGUAUAUAAAUAAGUAAA